GAAAUGAUUCCAAAACGUUUAAUAAAUAUAUUUAUAUCGAAAUCACUCUGAACAAUUUACAUAAAGCUUAUCCUUUGAUACAAUACAUUCACCCUUAUCUUGCACUCCUAUUCGCACUCGCACUUUUAUUCCAAAUACUUCAUGUAUGCAAGUUUGAUAUAAUUUACUUUCAAUCCGAUGCAAUUGCAAAACAGUUACAAUAAUAACAAUUAAAUUGUCUUACCUUUCAUUAUAUUUUGUAGACAAUGGUUAAUCAAAGAUGUCAACUUGCCCCCUCGUCUCAACAAUGAGGUGAGCAACCGUCAGUUAUUGAAAGAAAGCAUGACAGCCAACAUGUCACCCGUACAAGUGCAGAGUGAUAUUGUCAAUGGUUAUGCCCUUGACCAUGAAUGGAAAAAUCGGUUUUCUUGCACCCAAAAGCACUGACACCAUCCAAGCGACCGAGGAUUUGGCUACAGCUCUUCUUGUUGCUCAACAUAUUGUCUGGACCCCAUAUGAGCAUUUAUAUGUAUAUGCAUAUACGUAUACAUAUACCAAGCACAUAUCCGCGCGACCUCAUGUCGAAACCAAAGUUCAAAUCGUGAAAACCAGCCUAAAUCUUAUCAAAUGAUAAUAGCUCCAGAUGGUAUACAAUUGUUGCCUAUAAUAAGUCGCCAAACAAAGAAUUGGUUUGGUAAUUGCUUGAUAUUUUAAACUCUAAGUUUGAUCAUGAGAGGUUUAAGAUGUUCGACUUGAGGCAGAUACUACACAACUUUACCAGCCGGUGCCGUUGGUGCUGCCGAGCAAGAGUGUCUAGGUCUGAGAGAGUAAUAAUGAAAACACGUUCAAGAAGAGCAAUUCGGACAAUUGAAGUAAUUGUCAUGCAAAAUGAAAUACAAUGUAUAUAUUAUAGUUUAGUCUUGAAAAAUAAUAUAUAUAAAUAUAUAGAUUACUGUUAGAAGCAUUUUCGGCGUCUACUUGUAUACCUGAGCAACAAAGAUGCGAUCAAUUAGGAAAUGAACAUGGAUUGUGCCAAUACGAUGCAAAAGCUAGUAAUUUCUGAUGGAAAAUUUGCGAAUAAAGCUUCCGAACAUGGCACAAGAGGUGUCAUCUGAAUUGCCCAGCAAAGUUGGAGAAGUGACGCGGUAUUGUUUUGGAAUAAUAAUUGUGUACUGUUCUAAAAAUCUAUAUAGUAAAA